AUGGAGGGGGAGAGCAGACAGCUCAAUGCUGACGAGGCUGCUGGUGGAUGUGAGGAUUGUGUCAUCAUCAGUGGGAACUGCAGUGACCAGUCCUCAGACGCCAAGAAUGUUCCCUUCACCCAAGUCAUGGAGGCAAUCUGCACAGUGGAUCGCGAAGGCUGCAGAGCAAAUUCACGACCGUCCAAGAGGAAGGUCUCCAGCACGAUUGCUUACAUCCAGGACCUGACUGAAGAUGGAGAUGAAGGUAGAAGUGGCGAGGCAGAGGACAGCAGUGACUCUGGCUCUCCGGUGACGCCCACACUCUCCUGGGAGAACAGCGCACCCUCUAAUACCUCAGCAUCCCUGAGUUGGCAAGCAACCACUUCAGCAAGCACACCACGGCUGUCCCCUGCCAGCCCUUACCCCACCAUUGACCUCACAGAUGAAGAAGCGACAUCCUGGAGCAUCAGUUCCCCACUGGUUGAGCUGAGCCAGGACAGUCACCAGGAGGGCAUGGACACUCCCCAGGUGGGUGUGGAAAGCAGAGAGGGAGCCAACAUUCAGUCUCUGCUGACAAACGGUGGCCCUUGGCUGUUCAGAUAGCAUUUUAACCUGGCUACCUUCAAUAAGCUGAUUUCUCUGGUUUCUCACAGGAAGGCCGUAUACCAUACUCUGCAGAGAGCCAGGGUGCGAGCUGGCAAGACCUUCCCCAGCAGUCCGGGAGACUCACUGGAGGACCAGCUGAAGCCCAUGCUGGAAUGGGCCCAUGGGGGCUUCAAGCCCACUGACAUCGAGGGCCUCAAACCCAACAACAAGCAACCAGAGAACAAAAGUAGAAGACGCACAACCACCGACUCUGCCUCUGCUGAGUACUGUCCUCCACCCAAGCGCCUCAAGACCAAUAGCUACGGCGGGAAAGACCGAGGGGAGGAUGAUGAGAGCCGAGAACGGAUGGCUUCUGAUGUCGCCAACAACAAAGGCAAUCUGGAAGACCGCUGUUUGUCCUGCGGUAGGAAGAACCCUGUGUCCUUCCACCCCCUCUUUGAGGGUGGGCUCUGUCAGAGUUGCCGGGACCGCUUCCUGGAGCUCUUCUACAUGUAUGAUGAAGACGGCUAUCAGUCCUACUGCACCGUGUGCUGCGAGGGCCGCGAGCUGCUUCUGUGCAGCAACACAAGCUGCUGCAGGUGCUUCUGUGUGGAGUGUCUGGAGGUGCUGGUGGGUACAGGGACAGCUGAGGAUGCCAAGCUGCAGGAACCCUGGAGCUGCUAUAUGUGUCUCCCACAGCGCUGCCAUGGGGUCCUCAGGCGCAGGAAGGAUUGGAACACGCGCCUGCAAGACUUCUUCACUACUGACCCUGACCUCAAGGAAUUUGAGCUGCCCAAGGUGUUCCCAGCAAUUCCUGCAGCCAGGAGGAGACCCAUUAGAGUCCUGUCCCUGUUUGAUGGAAUUGCGACAGGGUACUUGGUGCUCAAAGACUUGGGUAUCAAAGUGGAAAAGUACGUUGCCUCCGAAGUCUGUGCCGAGUCCAUCACCGUGGGCACCAUUAAGCAUGAAGGCCAAAUCAAAUACGUAGAUGACGUCAGGAACAUCACAAAGGGAAAUAUUGAUGAGUGGGGCCCAUUUGACUUGGUGAUUGGUGGAAGCCCUUGCAAUGACCUCUCUUGUGUGAACCCUGUCCGAAAAGGCCUGUUUGAGGGCACUGGCCGACUCUUCUUUGAGUUUUAUCGAUUGCUAAACUACUCACGCCCUGAGGAGUGUGAUGACCGUCCAUUCUUCUGGAUGUUUGAGAAUGUGGUAGCCAUGGAGGUCGGUGACAAGCGGGACAUCUCACGAUUCCUGGAGUGUAACCCAGUGAUGAUUGAUGCCAUCAAGGUUUCUGCGGCUCACAGGGCCCGAUACUUUUGGGGCAACCUGCCCGGGAUGAACAGGCCUGUGAUAGCUUCCAAGAAUGAUAAGCUCGAGCUGCAGGACUGCCUGGAGUUCAGUAGGACCGCAAAGUUAAAGAAAGUACAGACAAUAACCACCAAGUCGAACUCCAUCAGACAGGGGAAAAACCAGCUUUUCCCUGUAGUGAUGAAUGGCCAGGACGAUGACUUGUGGUGUACUGAGCUCGAAAGGAUCUUUGGCUUUCCUGCACACUACACAGACGUGUCCAACAUGGGCCGUGGUGCCCGCCAGAAGCUGCUGGGGAAGUCCUGGAGUGUGCCAGUCAUCAGACACCUCUUUGCCCCCUUGAAGGACUACUUUGCAUGUGAAUAGUUCUACCCAGGACUGGGGCGCUCUGUGGUCUUGGGGUCAUACUGAUCCUCGAAGCACCCCAGCUCUGCCCUUCCUUUGCUCACCUCCUGGGGUCUCACUAUAUACUCAGCUCUCUUCUGCUCAGUGGGAGCAGAACCUCCUGGCCCUACAGGGGAACCUCCCUGUGCACAGCUCAGAUCUGGCAUCU